GGCGAUCCAUCUCAAAAAAUCAAAGUCACAAAAAGUAAAGGAUUUCAAAUCAAUGCAUAACAUGGUGGUAUCAAUGAAGCGAAAUGGCACCCGAGUAGCUAGAAAGAACAAGGGCUAUUCCACGAAAGCCCCUGAGUUAUCAGGCCAAAAGGAAGUGACAUCAAAGGCAAAAUACCCAGUGAUACAGGCAGAACAUGAUCAUGUGCACCGCGCCAGUUUAUUAAAAUCCACGCUGAAGGAUUAUGUUGAGUUGCACAAUACAACAGCUGAAGUGGACUACACAGAGGUUAAUGUUCAAGUAUUCCAAUCCGAAUACGAAGCUGUGAGAUCUUGCGAGCUCGUCGAAGAACACUGUCAAGCAAUCUCAAAACUGAACAACAUCAUAGCCACUUACUCAUUCCCAAUCACCUCAGAGAUUCUUAUAUCUGUCCAUGGGAACUCCACUUUGUACGUGAAAGCUGCAUUUAUAAGCAAGCUCGAAUUUUCUAUGAGUGGAUUGUCGUGCGGUCUGGAACACUCCAACAUACAGCCGUUUAAUUCAACAGAGGAACAAAGCUGCAGACUUCCAGCUAUCGACCCUUUCGAUAAGAAUGCCAUGUCUUAUUUUAUUAAAAUGUCACCCAUGACUUGUGAGCUUGAAGCAACGUUGUUUACAAGAUACCAGGACGGUUUGUUGGAGGUUGUCAACAGUCACGAUAGAGGUAAUUAUAAUGAUCGGAGGCUGAUAGAAAGAUCUUACUGUAAAAGGGAACAAGGCAUGACUGACAUGCACAAGGAGAUAAUUAAUUGUCAAAAAGAAGCUAUCGUGAAAGAUCUCGAGGUGACAAAAAUACUUAAGAAGCUUAUGACAAAGAGAAUUUUUGAUGAAAAAGAUAAAAAGGCGAUAGAAAAGAAGACUAACGACCGUCUCAGGAGUAGCAAAUUGCUGGAUAUACUACUUGAUAAAGUUCCAGAUCGAUUCAGUGACUUUGUGGACAUCUUGUGUGACGGAACUCAAAAGUUUCUUGCCAUCGGUCUCCUGAAAGAAGAGAGCAAAGAAUACCAAAAGGAGAAAGACGCAUUAUGGUCGUUCUUGAAUGAGAUGGCUGAAGCAAGAAAGGAAAUUUAUGAAAGAAAAUAUGAGCUAGAGCUGGAAUUAAAGGGUGCUCAUGAAAAGAUAGGUAAAUGCACAACAAGUUUAUUGUAG